CGGAGCGAACCGGCAGCUGCAGGCGGAGAGGACAUGCUUCCACCGUGAGAAUCGACCUCCAGGCUGCUGUUCGGUCCGGUGCAGCCCGGCGGGCAGGGAGGCGGGCGGUGCUCACGGACCCCGUCUCUGGAUGCUCCCUGACUGUGGCUCCGGAGCCCACCUGUGACUGCCUGAAUAACACCCAUCAUGCACCUGUGAGAGGUCCAGGGAAGAUGCCGCGCACCAAGCAGAACCACCCCAAGAACCUGAAAGAUAAAAUCGAGGAGGCACAGAAGCAGCUGACAGAGCCCAAAGCUUCUCAGAAAGCUGUGGACAACACAAAGGGCCUGAAGAGGAAGAAGAUUGUUGUGGAGAGUCAAAAACUUCCAAAGUCCCCAGUGAAGAAGCCGCUGCAGUCAUGUGAGCCCGGAGCGCACGCAUCACCUUCCAAGGAAACCACACCAUCCUCGUCCAGUCCCUCACACAAGCCUCCAUCGUCAUCCGGCAAGAAGGAAGAACCACAGCAUGUUGAACCAGCUGCCGCAUCCCCGAAUGAGGGGUCACGGCCCUCUGAUGCUGAGGGGGUGAAGAAAGAGAGCACGUCCUCCCAGCCAUCACUACAAGAGCCGUCAGACUGCAAGGAGGCUAAAGAGUCUCCACCAGAAGACAGCAAAUCCCCAAAGGGCAGCUUUGAGGGGGGUUCUUACAGCAGCAGUGCUCCUUUGGAUGUCCUUCUGAAGGCCAUGGAGCCGGACUUUAGCACUUUGGCAGACAGGAACCCCUCCGUUUUAGCCACAGGCAUCAGCAAAUCAACGGCAUCUCUUCAAACGCAGCUCAGUGGAGACGUGACGGCGCUGCCAGCUGUCAGUGUUGCUCUCCAGACCCAACCUUCCCAAAUGCAGACAUACUACAUCGACAAACAAGGCAACUUCUUCGGCAUUGCAGCUGCGCUUCAGGGAGCCAUGCAUCCUUCAACACAGGGUACCGCCCCGCUCACCACACCCCAUUUACUGCCCAUUUCAUCCAACGAGAAGCAAGGCUUGCACAUGAACUUCAGCAGUGGGCCGUCUGCUGUAAGUCACACCGCUGCUCCCUCAGGUCCCAGCGCUUUGCCACAAAGUCAACCGCCAGUUGUUCACGCAUGCCAGUCCCUCUCUGCCAGCGUCCCCAGCACCAUUCAGGUCCCAGUCACGCCUGGCAGCAGCCACGUGCAAAUGACCACCGUCAUGAACUUUGGUGGUGAGCAGACAUCUAAGGAUCAAAAGCCCAAAAAGCCAGGAAAGUACGUCUGCGAAUACUGCCAACGGGCGUGUGCAAAACCCAGCGUGCUUCUCAAGCACAUCAGAUCUCACACGGGAGAGAGACCAUAUCCUUGUGUCACCUGUGGCUUUUCCUUCAAAACCAAAAGCAACUUGUACAAGCACAAGAAGUCUCACGCACACGCUAUAAAGCUGGGAAUGAUCUCCCGGUCUGAAUCAGGAGGCGGGUCUUUGUCUACGGAAUCUGACAAAGCUGUUGGAGCACAUUCAGAGGCUGAGGAGAGCGGGGACAGUGAUGAAGAAGGCAGUGCUGUAGACCUGGAACCUGAGUCUUUGCAGAGCGAUAUAGCUCCAUUAUCUGAUGGCAGUUUACAGAGUGCUUGUAUUGCAUCAGUGGAGACAGACAUAUCCAUCAAAUCCUCCCCAGGUCGAAGGGCCCAUGAGCCCAAAGUCCCCACUGCACUCCCAAAAGUUGUUGUGUACCCAGUUAAUGUGUCGCCUCUGAGGGCAGACAGUCCAAGAGUGGCUGGCGCUGCACCUGAACAAGCUGCUGCACAGCGUCAGCGAGAGUUUCAGACCACCAGACCCAACGUCACAGUCCUGUCGUCUCUGAAAGAGGUGGAUGGCACAAGUGCUUCCUUGGACGCAGUGAGCGAGGACGAAGAGCAGCAGUGCAAGUCUCCUCUGCUGGGGGGUCAUGGUCAGCUUCAACGGCAACAAGCGACCGACUUCUCCCAGCAGCAGCAGCCCAAAUGUCUGCUCAGUCCUCGCAGUUUGGGAAGCACAGACUCCGGCUACUUCUCUCGCUCUGAAAGUGCUGACCAGGCCAUGAGCCCCCCCAGCCCCUUUGUAAAGAUAACUCCACCAGUAGAUGUUGACAUUACCAAAAGCGCUCCUCUCAUUAUCCCUCCUGUGGUCCCCACAGUGAUGCAUGUAGCAGCUGACCAGAGAAUGCCACCAAGCGAUAAAGUUAUACGAUCCCCGCUAGAACCAAAUGCCCGCUCUCUGGAAGAGCGCAUCUCAAAGCUCAUCUCGGACAAUGAGGCAGUGGUGGACAACAAAAAACUGGACAGUGUAAAGCCGCGGAGGACUUCUCUGUCUAGAAGAGGCAGCAUUGAUUCCCCCAGAUCAUACAUUUUUAAAGACUCAUUUCAGUUUGAUCUGAAGCCAAUUGGAAGGAGAUCCAGUUCCAGCUCGGAUAUCCCCAAGUCCCCGUUUACUCCCACAGACAAGUCAAAGCAUGUCUUCCUCUUAUCAGUCCCUAAUCAAUACCCACCAAUGGACUGUCUGCCAAUCACAAGGAGCAACUCAAUGCCCACAACACCCGGACACUCGGUUCCCCCGCCCAGCAUCCAUCCAGUGCCUCACCCUCUGAGGGUCUGUCAGUCCUUUGAUGAAAAGAUUAGUUCCUUGAAUGACGAGGUGUUCUCGUCAGUCCCACCAACCCCAAAUCCCGCAAUACACUCUCGCACUUUGGUCAGGCAAAAAGCCGUGGACGACUUUUCAACAGGCGAAGGGCACAACCUGGUGACCGUUCGCUCAAUGGAUGAAGGCUACCAUGGGCCGAGCAGCCUGGUGGAGCAGAUGCAGAGGAGCAGAUCGUUUGAACACGGGCAGGACCGAACCAGGAGGCCUCAGCAGAACAAAGGCACCAUGUAUGAGUGUGAGACUUGUCGAAAUCGGUAUAGGAAGUUAGAGAAUUUUGAAACCCACAAGAAAUUCUACUGCUCAGAGCUUCAUGGCCCCAAGAACAAGCCUUUACCUGUGAAAGAACCAGAAGAAGACGUUUUUCAUGUCAACACGCAGCAGCACAUACCAAGCGGCACUGGCGCACUAGACCAACAGACGUCAAUCAGAAAGAGAAGGAAAAUGAAAAGUGUUGGUGAUGAAGAUGAUCAGUCUCCAACUGACACCACUCCACCAUGUUUAGUUGGUUUUGAGACCACAACAGCUCUGGCAAACAAGACUUUCUCUCAGCCUGGGCUCAUAGUGGACAUGCAACCCAACAUCCAAUCAAAGCCUCCUCAGAUCCAGCUUGUAGCUCGAGGUAUGAACACGGCAGAGUCCAGACUCUCCCCCAUUCAAGAGAUGAACAUCAGUGGUGCUGCUAAAGGAGACCUUCAGAGGCAAGGCAGCGGUACAUCCGUCAUUAGACACACCAAUUCUCUGAGCCGACCCAACUCGUUUGAGACUGAGUCCCUUGAUAGAGUAUCUCCUUCUGAUGUUGUGGAGAAAGAUCAAAUGAAAAGUCCGCACAAAGAUAGAUCUACAGGGGUCUCAACCGAUGCCUAUCUGGAAAAAUCUUUCAAACCUACAAGUGAUGAUUACAGAAAACAUGGGAGGGAGUAUAGCAGCGAUAGUACGAGUGGUGCAAGCUCCACCCCAGUCCAUCAGUCUCGUCUUGUGCGCCAAAGCAACAUCCUGGUUCCUGAGAUCCUGGUCACAGAGGACUCCGAUAGGGAGCAUGAACCUCACGCCAGUGAGCCGGCAGACAAGCCGGCAGAUCAGUUCAACUGGCCCCAGAGAAGCGAGAGUCUGUCCAAGUUACCAGCUGAGAAGCUCCCCCCUAAGAAGAAGAGAAUCCGUCUGGCUCAAAUGGACCAGUCAUCAGGCGAGUCCAGUUUUGAGUCCAGCUUCUCGCGAAGCCUCAGCAGGGACAGCAGCCUUUCUCGAGGCUCCAGCAUCUCUGCCUCCUUUGACAGAGACGAGACAAUUCGAUCCGAGAGUCCAUCCAGAGGAGAAGGUAAAACUCCAGAACCUCAGAGUCUACCAGCGGCCCUCAACACCCUCGGGGUGCCGGGAAUGAUGAGGCGUGCCGCGUCUGAGCAGAUUACUUGCACUCAGCCAUCAGUGGAGAUUUCUUGUGAUUAUCGAAGCAAGUCUUUUGACUGCGGCAACGUGUCUCCAAGGCGAUGUCUGUCGCCCGUUGGCCAGCCCAAGACUGGGUAUGUUGCACAGGUACCACUGAUUGAAAGAAGGCGGGGGCCGCUCGUUCGGCAGAUGUCCCUAAAAAUUGGCCCAGAGAGUCAGCAGCCUGUUCGGAAACCUGCCACCACCACUUUAGACAAAGCUCUGAUCGCUAACGUCAGCUCCCUCGGUCAGUACAGAUCCCAGCAAAUUAACAUCGUCAGCAGGCGCGCCCCAGCAGCGUCUGCUAUCCUAAACGCAGCAGAGCCACCGCUACAACACCACGAGCAACUGGUACAAAGCAUUAAUCUGGGAAGCCCCACCCAGCAGCAACAAGUCCAUGGUCUGCCUCACCCCUGGUACCAAACGGCAAAGGUCCAGUUCAGUCAGAAGGUACAACAAACUCUCAGCCAGACAUCAUUUUGUGGUGAAAAUCUUCAACAAAAACAAUCUGACUUUGAGGAAAAUAAAAGCUUUGUGCCCAAAUACCAGCUCCAGUGUCCCAGCCAAACCUUUUCCUACCUUACACAAGGGGCUCAGAUCGCUUUGCCAAUUUUAACCAUUCCAAUUGCCAAUCCCAUCCUGAGCAUUUCCAAGUCCUCAGACAUCAUCCAGAAUGUCUUCGUUGCCAGUCAGCAGGCGUCUGAUGUGAAGACCCAGACUGUUGUCUUUUCGAGUAAGCAGCAGAGGGAGCCGUUGGAGCAGAGCCAAGCGAGCACUGCCUCUUUGCCACAGAUCCUGAUCACCCAUGAGCAGAUGCACCCAUCCUCUUCUCAGUCCGUUAAGCACUGCCAGCUGUCCACUCCGAGCGCAGAGGUCCCACAGGACCGGACUCGAAGUCCAGCAGUUCCUGCCCCGCAUUCAGCAGCAGACCACUCUUCCCUGGGCUCUCUGCACUGCAUGCAGAAACUAGCCUCAGUGACGUUGUGCCCACAGCAGGAACCCACUGCGUCCAGCAAACGCAUGCUGUCACCAGCCAACAGUUUGGACAUCUACAUGGAAAAGCACCAGAAACGUGCCAAGGACGAGCAUGGCGCGGCCUGCUUGACGGAUGGCAGGUCAGCUGGAUACCUUAACUCAAAGAUGUCCGAGGUGUCGCGCCAGAGGAAGCUAAUGCUGGUGAGGCAGGUGUGUACAACUGAACCGGCAGACAGUCCCAUUGAGACAGAGGCCCCGCCCCUUCCUGAUGUCAAACCUAAUGAGGAGAAGGAGUCUGAGGCUGAUGAUGGGGUCAAGCCCAUGUCUCCUGAUGCAGUAGGACUCGAAAAAAGCGGGACAACGGAGGUGAAAGGUCCAGUCCUAAACACUACACAAAGUGGUCAGGCCACCUCCCUCCCUCCUGAUAACAACCUGAAGCCCCAGGAGAAACCAGAGGAGCAGAGGUGGACCCCAGCCAAAUCCCUUAUACGGCCUUCCAGCUUCCACGCUGGCCAGGUGAAACUGACCACGUCUGUGUCAGCCGUAAACACCAAGGAAGCCCACCGGCUGUCCUUCCCCAGCCUAAAGACCACCACCACCUUCACAUGGUGCUUCCUGAUGAAGAGGAAGCCUCUUCACGUGCAGCAGAAAGACCUGAGAACCUCAGCAUAUGCUGCCUGGACCGUCAGCACAGACAACUCCAACCCCCUCGGGUUGCCCACCAAGGUGGUCAUGUCUCUGUUUGACUCCAAGCACAGCUCCAAAAAGAUCCACUACACCUCCGCCAUAAGGACCGGCUGGAAGUCAGACAUCCUGUCCUUCUCGGGCAAGCUGAAGGACGUCAUGCUAAAAAUGCCAGCAUCCCAGAAGUCCGUGUCAGCUGAAGCCAGAAGCAAACCCCAACCAGAAGCUCAGACCAGCCAUGAUUCGGAGAAGGACGGGUCGGUGUUGUCCGAGCCGCGCCGCGUCAAGAUAUUUGACGGCGGGUUCAAGUCCAAUGAGGAGUAUGUGUACGUGCGCGGGCGAGGGCGGGGCAAGUACAUCUGUGAGGAGUGCGGGAUCCGCUGCAAGAAGCCCAGCAUGCUGCGCAAACACAUCCGCACCCACUCGGACGUGCGGCCGUUCCACUGCGUCCACUGCAACUUCUCCUUCAAGACUAAAGGGAACCUCACCAAGCACAUGAAGUCCAAGGCCCACAGGAAGAAGUGCAUGGAGAUGGGGGUGCCUGAGGGGGCCAUGGAGGAUCAGGAUGCGGAGGACUCCGGAGACCGAAGUCAGCUGAGCGGCGCAGAUCGCCAGGACUCUGACGGCGAUGACUCGGACGGCCCCGACGAUGAUGAUAACGACGAAGAGGAGGAGGACGACAGUCAGGCGGAGUCCGGUCUGUCCACCAAUCCGUCGGUGUCUGCCAGCCCCCAGCACCUCCCCUACAGAGACACCGAGGUUCCUCCCAGCGCGCUCCUCGCCCAGAUGUCAAUCAGCUCUCUUCCUGCCUCCCGGCCAGCCGCUGCCGAGCCCCCAGCCUCAGAUUUUGCCUCCGCCGUUUCCUUCAUCGCACAGACGUCUGGGUCCUGCAUUAGCUCCGCCCACCUCCCUUUCUCUCCCCCGCCUCCCGUCACCUCGGACUCGUACACCUCCGACACGGAGUCGGUGCACAUGAUGAGCCCAGUGUCCCCCUGCAGGCAGAUGUCCAUCGAUUACCCCGACUUUGACGGCCCCUUCAGCCCCCCAGCGCUGGGGAAGACCCCCAAGCUAGCCCAGGAUGUCCCCCCCUCCACAGCCAGCACUGAUUCCAACACGCCAGUAGACCGAAGCACGCAGACCUCCUACCCCGCCCAAGUCCCUCCACCCCUCCCCCUGCACACCCCAAUGCAGGCGGCGGGAGCGCAGACCCACCUGUUCAGCCACCUGCCGCUGCACUCGCAGCAGCCGGCCCGCCCCCCCUACAGCAUGCUUCCAGUGGGCGGGAUCCAGCUGCUGCCCGCCGGCCUGGCCACCUUCCUACCCAUCCAAGCCGGCCAGGUCCAGCUCACCAUCCCCGCCGUGAGCGUCAUCCACCGAAACACCAGCCCGCUGCCUCCCCCCAACACGCCCCCCCACCCGGAGAGCCUGCAGACGCAGCCGGUGGUGGUGCAGGAGCCGCUCAGCAGCAUGGUCCCCUGCUUCCCCCUGGGGCAGGUGGCCGGCCUGCAGGCGCAGACGCUGCAGCCCGUGGGUUUGGAGACACUCAACCUCAUGGGACUGACCAGCCCAGGCUUGGCGUCCACGCCACUGCUGCCCCCCCAGGGCCUGACGCUCAACGCCGCUCUCGGCCUGCAAGUGCUCGCCGCCAACGCCAACCCCCAGAGCCGCACCAGCCCGCAGGCGCACGUCCCCGGCCUGCAGUUUGUCAACAUUGCCCUGCCCGCCAUCAUCCCCUCCCUCAGCCCCCUGUCCGCCCUCAGUCCCCGGCCCGGGUCCUUCGACAUGCAGAGCAGCCCCGAGGCCACUGCAGCGCCACCUGCCGGCUUUGCCUCGGGCUGCGCGGCCCUCAAUCCAGGAGGCUGCAGCCCUGAGAGGAAGUGGGAGGAGAAAGAGAAACCGCCACCUCAGCGCCCAGCUUCUGCGCCACAGAACCGCACUGAGCAUCCCAAAUCGCCGCCAUAUCCCAGCGCCGCUGAGCCCGCGGCGUCUGAGAACAGUCGGCAGACGGCCGUCGACGACUACAACGAGGCGUCCAGUGAUGACGAAGACCGUCUCGUCAUCGCCACCUGAGAGGGCGGAGCCUCCCCCCUUAACCCUUUUGAAACUCUGGUCACUUUAUGGGAGUGAAGAUGAUGCUGGGGCUCGCCACCUCAACACCCAAAGCACAGAAGCCGUUGUACGUGCAAUCAGACAAUGACAACAAUCCGUUGAGUCUGACUUAUCCUGUUUUGUACAUGUUGUAAAGACAAUUGUGCCUUGAUGGAGUUUAUGUUCUGGACGCUGUACAUAGUUCUGAGGAGUUCACUGGUCGUUUGUGUUCAUUUCAGAUGAAAACGGAGUCGCUCACUUUUUAUCUGUCAUUCGUAAAUGUGUGGACUUCUCUAUGUUGUACUGGUAUAUCUGCAUUUCUAUGGAUUUUGGGGCAAACGUGUACAGAUGUUGUGUUCUAUUUAUUAUGAUCCAUCUAGUGCCCACGAUGAUUCAUAAGUCCACAGGUAUGUGCAUUAUGGUAGCUUUAUGUUGCUGUAUUAAUAUUUACUGUAUGAGUAAACAUUUGUUAAUGAAACCCGA